AUGGCACCCGGCGCAGUACUCGAGACAGCUGCCGUCAUCCCGUCUGUGACGGCAGGCCGCCUCAAGACAGACGUCGCCACGGCGACGGUAACAGUCGAGGAAAAGACGACGCCACUCACGGCCCAAGACGCACUCGAUGCUGCGAUUCGCCGCUACACGGCGGCCAACCCCCGCUCCUACGCACUGCACCAGCUCGCCACCGAGAGCAUGCCCGGCGGCAACACACGCACCCAGCUGCACACGGCGCCGUUCCCGCUGUGCAUGCAGUCCGGCCAGGACUACCAACUAACGUCCGAGGACGGCGCGACGUACACGGACUUUGUCGGCGAGCUGACGGCGGCCGUUUACGGCCACUCGCACCCGGUUAUUGUGGCGUCGCUGCUGAAAACGGUGACCACCGUGGGCCUCAAUCUAGGUGCCACCAUUGCGCAGGAGCACGUUCACGCGUCGGCCAUGUGCGCCAGGUUCGGCCUGGAGCGCGUGCGGUUCACCAACUGCGGGACGGAGGCCAACCUGCACGCGCUGGCCGGGGCGCGGGCGUUCACAGGCAAGCGCAAGGUGGUGGUGUUUGCGGGUGGGUACCACGGAGGCGUGUUCAUGUUCGGCGGCGGCCAGCCGGCGGCCAACAAUGUGGACCGGGACGACUUUGUGGUGGCGCGCUACAACGACGUGGCCAGUGCGCAGGCGGCGAUUGCGCAAGAGGGCGUGGCAGCGGUGCUGGUGGAGGGCAUGCAGGGCGGACCCGGUGCGGUGCCAGGUACGCGGGCGUUUCUCACGGGUAUUGAGGCGGCCGCCAAGGAGGCUGGUGUUGUCUUCAUUCUCGACGAAGUCAUGACAUCGCGCGUGGCACCCGGCGGAAUUGCAGAGCUCCACGACCUGCACCCCGACAUGAAGACGUUUGGCAAGUACCUGGGCGGUGGCCUGGCCUUCGGUGCGUUUGGCGGCCGCAGCGAUAUUAUGGCGUCGUACGACCCGCGGCCGCAGCCGCUGCCAACGAAAACGACAGCCGCAGGUUCGCCAGCCGCACCGUUCCUCACGCACCACGGCACGUUCAACAACAACACGCUCGCCAUGUACGUCGGCCACGCCGGCCUGACCGAGGUCUACACGCCCGAGGUGUGCACGGCCUUCAAUGCCCAGGGCACGGACCUGCUGCGCCAGCUCGCGGCCGUGACGGCUGGCACCAAGAUGUGCUUCACGGGCGUGGGCACGGUGCUGGGGUCGCACUUUACGGCGGCCGGCCUGCAGACGAUUGAGCGCGAGACGGCCGAGGACUGGACGCUCAAGGAGCUCUUCUGGUUCGAGAUGAUGGAGGACGGGUUUUGGACGACGCGGCGCGGAAGCAUUGCGCUGUGCCUGGGCACACCUGCGAGCGAGCUGCAGCGGUUUGUGGCGUGCGUGGCAGCGUUCCUCAAGCGACACGCGCCGUUGGUGGCUGUCGAUGCCAAAUAG